AUGCACGCACAAUUGGGGAGCCACAACGCCUCCUUCUACUUUGGCUGUCCGUCACCACGGCGCCCAGCCCCUCGCACGGGAUGUCCAAGGUGCCGGUUGCCUCCUCGGACGCAUCACCCAACCCUGCCUCUCCCUCUACACAGCCUCCCUCCCAGCCUGUGCUACACGGCCUGUUGGCACCCGCCCAGCCCCACAACAACACGGCCAGAGGUCCACGUUUGCUCUGCACCUUGCUCUGUGCUGUUGCAGGCAGUACCUGUUCAUCUUCCUCUUGCCCUGGAGCAGCGAGCUCCGGGACCGACGUAUCCGAUGGAUGCUGGGGAGCCCGUGUUGGACAGAUCCCAUGCUCACCCCAGGGGCAGGCUUGCAUGGCCGCGUUGGCUGGAGAGCCAUUGGUGUCCUUCACCUGUCGCCACGGUUGGCUGGAGAGCCGACUUAUUGAGUUGGUGUUUAUUUUUAUAA